AUGGAUAAAAAGAUCAUAGCAGAUGUGUUCUAAAGACAUUUGGAGUAAUUGGUGAGUAGACUCAAUGAGGACGUUCCAGCAAUUUGUAUAUUAUCUGGUAAGGAGGACGGAUCGAUCAAACCGAAGACGAAGGCCUUGUUUGUUUGGCUGUUUGGAUACGACAUGAUUGAGACAGUGUUUUUGGCCACGAAGAAAUAGAUUUUUUACUUGGCAAGUGAUAAGAAACUUCAGAUGAUGGAGGAGACCAAGUAGAAAUUGAGUGGCAAAUUCGAGGUUCAUUUUUACAAGAAGGGGAAUGACAAUCGAGAAUCAUUUGAUAAGAUUCGACAGAAAUUAGGAAAUGUGAAGUUGGGAAUGCCCACUACUGAAAAAUAGGCAGGGAGUUUGGCAGCGGAAUGGUAUGAGUAUAAGGGAUGGUAAUAAAUAGUGGAUGCCAAUUAAUUGAUUAGUGAUGUCUUAGCGGUUAAAGAUGAUUAAGAGUAGGGAUUUAUAUAGCAAUCUUCACAAUUGACUACCCGCCUAUUUAAGAAAUUGAUCAAACAGAUAGAAGAUUCAAUAGAUGUUGGCACAAGAAUCACUCACCAAGACUUGGCCAAGAAAGUUGAGUAAUCUUUGGAAAAUGAUAAGCAAAAAGUCAUGAAAGAGAUCGGAUUGUAAGAUGGUCUCUAUGAUUUUGCAUACACACCAAUAAUAUAGAGUGGAGGCAAUUACUAGUAAGUGGAUGGCCCCAAUAAGGACUAUCUCUCCUCAGAUGUAAUCAUAAUCCAACUUGGUACCUAAGUCAACGAGUAUAACACCAAUUGUAUCCGUACACUCUUUAUAAAUCCCACUGAAAUUUAGAAGAAACUCUAUAAUGCAAUUUUGGAAGUCCAAAGCAAAAUCAUAACAUUGAUGACAAUUGGCGUAUCUCUAAAUGUGGUCUUCAAAGAGUCCCUCCAACUGUUGUAAUACAAAUUGCAGGAACUCAACUUAUAAAAUUUAUAAUUGCCUACCUCCUUUGGAUAUGGAAUAGGACUUGAAUUGAAGGAAUCCUGUUUGACCAUAAACGAAAAAUCCACUCAUGUUGUGACCAAAGGAGAAGUCUAUUUUGUCAAUGUAUCUUUAGAGAAUGUCCAGAACGGAUAAAAAAAUAUCACCUACACAGUUUAAGUAGGCGAUGUGAUUGUAAUCACCAAUGGUGCUACAACCAUCACCACCUAACAAAUUCCUAAGGCUUACAAAUAAAUAUCUUAUUAAUUGUAAGAGGAAGACGAACCUGAAAGAAAACCAGCCCCAGUCUAAACAGAUAAGGAUAAACCCAUACGAGCAAGACCUCGUAAUUAAUAAAUCUAGAUUCAAAGAGAGAAUGAAAAAUAGAGACAGAUUCAUUAGGAGAAGUUAGCCAAGGAUAAAUAAACAGAAUUAGAAUAAAGAUUAGAAUAAGAUCAAUUUGUUUAAAAUCAAUAAGAAGUAAAAGCCUUGGAAUUGGACAAAUUGCUAUGUUACUAAAGACCAGAGCAAUAUCCAAAAGAACUCUAAAAGGGAUAGAUUUAUAUUGACAAUUAAAAGUGUGCUCUUUUGGUACCAUUGAUGGGAACUCAUAUACCAUUCCAUGUAUCUUGUAUAAAGAAUGUGAGUAAAAUUGAUGAGGGCAAGAUGGGAUCAUCAAUCAGAAUUAACUUCUUCACUUCAGAGACUACAGCUGGAUAGAUUCAGUUUCCAAAGGUUGAUGGUGAAACCAUAUUCAUUAAGGAAUUACAAUAUAGAUCUAAGAAGUCUGAUCGUCCAUAGAAUUUGAUUCUUUAAAUUAAAUCAUUACAAAAGAAAGUCAAGACCGAGUAGUAGGUGGAGAGAGAGAAGCAAAAUGUAGGAGAGAUGGAACCAUUGAUACUUAAUAAAGGAGGUAGAAAACCAAUUUUUAAGGAUUUGAAGGUGAGACCUACUUUUGGAUCUGGAAAGGCAGCAGGUAUUCUUGAAGUUCAUACCAAUGGAUUCCGUUAUAUCCAUUCUAAUAAGGAACAAUUGGAUAUUGUAUUCAAAAACAUUAAGCAUUACAUAUAUUAAAGUCCAGAAUAGGAUAUUAUAGCUGCUUUGCAUUUUCAUUUGCAUUCUCCAAUCGUAUUGGGCAAACGUAAGACACAUGAUGUUCAAUUCUAUUGUGAAGUUGGUGGUGCAGUAGAACAUUUGGAAGGUAGAAAGAAGACUAAUAGAAAUGAUGAGGAUGAAAUUGAGGAGGAGGAAAGAUUGAGGAUGCACAGAAGAAAGAUGGCAAAGGAAUUUGAAGUUUUCAUUAAGACUAUUGAGGAGUUGGGAGCAGAUUAUAAGAUAUCAUUUGAAAAACCAUUUAGAGAUUUGGGAUUUGAAGGUAAUUGGAACAGAGCCAGAUUAUUCUUAUAACCAACUCGUGAUACUUUGAUGAAUGUUGUUGAGAGUCCAUUCUUUAUUUUAACACUAAAUGAAGUAGAAAUCUGUUGUUUCGAACGUAUCAUUCCAGGCAUCAAAUCCUUUGAUCUUGUGUUUGUAUUCAAGAACUACGAUAAACAAGUACUCAGAAUCGAGAGUAUAGAUAUCAAAGAUCUGGAAGGAGUCAAGAAUUGGUUAGAUAGAAUGAACCUUCUCUUUUUCGAAGUGGGUUAAAACUUGGUUUGGAAGAAUGUCCUUGGAUAAAUCUAGAAGGACAUUCCAGGAUUUGUUUAAGAUGGAGGAUGGACCAAUAUUCUGGCAGAGAGUGAGGAAGAAGGCGAUGAAGAGGAUGAUCCAGAGGCUGGUGAUAGUGAAUUCUCACCUGGGGAAUCUGGUGAUGAUGGGGAUGAUGAUUCUGAUUUCACAGAAGAUGACGAGGAUGGAGAUGAUGAUGGUGAUGAUGAUGAUGACGAUGAGGAUCUAUCUGAUGUUCUGGAUCUCAAUAAAAUUAGUGAUCAGGAUGAGGAUGAUGAAGACGAGGAUUCAGAUUCUGAUAAAAAUAGAAGGAAAGCCAAUUCUAGACCUUAACAAAAGCCAUAGCAUAAACCUUAGAAUAAACCAUAAGGGAAGCCAUAGCAAUCUGUGCAACCUCAUCGUUCCAAUUAACCUCAAAAGCGUUAGCCACCCUGAGAAAUGAGUAUCAUUAAAUUUUAUUGAUUUUAUUUAAUACUAAGUGUAAUACUUUUAAAAAUUUCAAUGGGUUGUAUA